UGGGGCCAGCAGGAAGAGUUGGCCUGAGCCACAACGUAGGUGCAUCCCAGGAGAGUGACAGAAGAGUGAAUGGGAGGCAGCUGGUGAGCAUCACCCAGGCCUUGCUGCCUCAAGGUGGGUGGGUGCAGGGGUGAAAUCGUGCUAACAAUGCAGGGAAAGGUAGGAGGGAACUGUGGGCUUUUACUGGGAUGCAGAAAUCAGAGACAGCUGACAGAUGGUGAUGGCUGUGUGCCAUGAAAUGCUGGAGCUUUUUGCUGCAGCAUCCCCUUCCUCAGCACUGAAGCACCAAGCUUACUCUCCCUGUGGGGUGCUGGGCACCAGGAAACGUGCACAGACGGCCCCGACUUGCUGCAUCAGUCAGCACAAUGCUGAGCACAGAAAUACCCCAAAAUGCUCUCGUCUCUGUGAGUGGCUUCUCCAAGGAGAAUAACAAGCCUGGGGACGCUGAGCAGAGGCUGGAGGGGCUCAGUGCCCUGUGCCAGCUUCCUCUUAGAGGAAACAUUUGGUGGGGAAAAGAAAAGGGCCUCGCUGGGGAGGGGAGGGAGUUUUUAGCACUUUCUCUAAAGGGCCCUGCACACACCACAAGCUUCCAUCCCAUGGUAGGAACGAGUGCUGGGCUGCCAGCUGUGGGCCAGGAGCCGGAUGGACACAUGCCCUCCAGUGGGAUCCCUGCUCCCUUCGUCAUCACCCCCUCCUGAGCCACCGAGUUUGCUUUAAAGACCCCAGCUUCCUUUUAUUGCUUCCCCUCUCAGAUUGCAGCCGGCUGUGAGGGCUAUUUUUAGUGGCCUGCCUUCUAAAAAUAGCCCCAAGAUGUUUGGAGUUGCGUCAGGAGGGGAACCUCUCCUCCACACGCCAGCUUGGCCCCUGCAGGCUACAAAAGGAGGCCAGGAGCAGUGGGGUCAGCAGGUUCAGACGCAGCCAGAGGCAAAGGCAGCAAGAAGCGCGCUGCCAGCUCCAGGCAUCCCAGCGCCGGCACCAUGACCAUCUUCUGCAGCCACUGCCACAGGCCGCUGCAGGCAGAGACGAGCUGCCUGCCCAGGAGGGCUGAGCAGGCGCACGGCGCCUCCAAGCCGUUGAGGUCAACCAAGAGUGCCUCCAAGGCACGUCGGGACCAGAUCAAUGCGGAGCUGCAAGCACUGCGCUCUCUGCUGCCCAUCUCCACGCAGGAGAAGGAGCGGCUCUCCUACCUCCACACCAUGGCCCUGGUGUGCCUCCAGCUUCGGGGAGCUCACCUCUUCCCUCCAGCCUCAGCUCCUCCCUCAGGACCGGUCCUUGCUGCGGAGCUGCUCUCCUUGCUGCCGGGGUUUCUGCUUGUGCUCUCAGCCAGUGGCAAGCUGGUCUACAUCUCUGAGAACGUGUCUCAGAUCCUGGGUCUCUCUAUGGUGGAGCUUCUUGCCCACGGGGACACCAUCUUCGACAUCAUGGAUGGGCGAGCAUGGGAGGACGUGCACAAGAAGCUUCUCCUUGCCCAGGAGCAGCCAGGCAGAGAAAUCACCUUUGUCAGUGAGAUGCGCACAUCCAAGGCCUUCCGGCUGCAGCACGGGGGAAAUCAGGCUGUGGCAGUACGUGGGCGCUUUGUGGUCCCACGCUGGCCGGCCUCCCCCUCCACCACAGCCUUCCUGGCCCUCUGCACCCCGGUUGCACAGCUGGAUGCAGAUCAUGAUGCUGAUUCUCAGGACAACCUGUUUCAGAGCACACAUGCUCUAGACAUGAGGUUUAUGGAUGUCACAGAGAGUGCCAUCUACCACCUCGGCUACCUCAGGGAGGAACUGAUUGGCCAGUCAUGGUACAGCCUCCUGCAUCCUGAAGAUGUUGAUGUAGCAGCUGCUCAGCACAGGGCUGUGGGUGAGUAUUAUGCCCACACUCACACGUAUCUUCCUCUAAUGCUGUUUGGCUGCACUUGAAACCUGGCUGCCUAGGAUAGUCAAAACAAAGUGAACAGAGUCCCGCUCCCUGUAAAAACCAUGAAGCAGUAGGCUAGUUUUAC